UCCUUGUUUAACGGUAGCCGCAAUGUGAUUUUAUUUACACUUUUAAUCAACAUCUCAGCGUUGUAACGUGGAUAUUAAAACAUACUGUCAUUAUUUUUGACAUGUUGUUGACCUAUCGUAUCCCAUAUAGUCAUCAUGUGAGCUGACGCUGGGCUGCUGACAGAGGAGGGACUAUAACGAUGCUAACGAUUGGACACACAACCGUAAUGUUAACGUUAUCACGUUAACUUAACAGCAGUGAUAUUUUCCGUGCAUCUCCAUCCCGUCCCUUAACUCAGCCUGUGAUCUGUGACAACACACAUUGUGACAGGGAUGCCUAAUGCCAGUGCCAGACCGAAGCACGGCAGGAGGACCCGCCGGCGGCGCAGAGAGGACCCCGCCAGGAACGAGCUGGUCUCCAGCUCUCUGGAGAGCGCCCAGCAGUGCCUGUUCAACCAGGACUAUGGAACUGCGUUUGUGCACUACCUUCUGGUCCUCAACCUUGCGCCUAUGUUUAAAGACUUUGCUAGGGAGUCCUUCAGGUUCACUCUCUUUAAGUGGACAGAAGAGCUGGACUCUGUGGGCCGCAUUCAGGAACUCUUUGACUGUUAUGAACAAGCGCUGGAACUGUUUCCUGCUGAUGAGGUGAUCCUGAACAGCAUGGGGGAACACCUUUUCAGAAUGGGCUUCAGAGAUGAAGCCGCGGGGCAUUUCCAUAAAGCCUUGAAGCUGAGACCGGACUAUCCCGAAGCCAGGGAGAACUUCUACCGCGUGGCCAACUGGCUGGUGGAGCGCUGGCAUUUUUUAAUGCUCAACGACCACGGGAGGAACAGGAAGUACCAGCAGGCCAUUCAGAAGGCUGUGCAGAGCGGCUGCAACACUGUGCUGGACAUCGGUACUGGCACUGGCAUCCUCGGUAUGUGUGCAAAGAAAGCAGGGGCUGCUGAGGUGUACGCCUGUGAACUGUCCAAGACCAUGUAUGAAUUAGCCUGUGAGGUGCUAACAGCUAAUAAAAUGGAUGAUGGCAUCAAGAUCGUCCAUAUGAAGUCUUUGGAGAUGGAAGUGCCAAAGGACAUCCCACAAAAGGUUUCCUUGGUGGUGACAGAGACGGUAGAUGCAGGAUUGUUUGGAGAGGGCAUCAUAGAAAGCCUCAUUCAUGCCUGGCACCACCUGCUGCUGCCUCCACAGGUACGGGCCAUUUAUAAACACACACAGAGGACAGGAAACAGGACUUAG